AUGACUUCGGUGGAGCUUUCAGCAGAACAGAGUCAGCUAAUAGAAAAAAUCGCAAGUGAUAAUGAUUUUACCGAUCACCAAGUCAAAGCCAUAACAGGUAGUGUGAAAGGAGAUAAUUACUUGGGGAAGAUCACUUCCGUUACAGUUGAAGAUGGCAACAGGAAACUAGAGCUGAUACUGAAGUCAGCUCAUGUAGGGGAAAUGAGAAACCAAAUCCCAAUCCACAAAGCCUACAUGCGCGAGAUAUUCGUUUACGAGCAAGUCUUCGCGAAGUUCAAGGAGUUUCAGGAGGAGUACCGCAUAUCCGAACCAUUUCAGAGUCACCCAAAGCUCUAUGCGACCAGUGAUGUAGAGCCCAGGGAGUGUCUAGUUAUGGAGAAUCUGCGAGAAAGCGGUUACAAGCUGUGGAACAGGAAGCAACUCAUGAACCCAGAACAUAUAUCUGCAGUGCUGAAAGAGUACGCCAAACUUCACGCAGUCUCCUUUGCUAUGGCUGAAAAGAAGCCAGAGGACUUCAGGAAACUUGCUGAGGUGAUGAAGAAUCAUAUUUGGGAGAAUGAUAAGGAGCUGACGGCUACGUAUAUUAGAUCGGUGAUGAAUCAAGUUCUGGGUCUUUUCGAAGAUGAUCCAGAUACAACUGAAGUUCUAAAAGCGUUCGAGAAACGUUUACUUGAUUUGUUUUUCGAUCCGUCAAAUGAUUCCGAGAAUAUUGUGUUCGAUCAUGGGGAUUGCUGGUGCAAUAAUUUGAUGUUUGGAUACGAGAAUCAAGAUAACUCUUCUGUUCCAUCGAGCGUCAGAAUCAUUGACUGGCAGUUAUCCAAACUUGCUUCCCCAGCAAUGGACUUGUCCUACUUCUUCCUGGUACACAGUCCCAAAGAGGUUCUCUACGACUACGAAAAAUACCUGAAACUCUACCACGAAACCCUCAGCAAGAACCUACGGGAGUUUUCCUGCGAUCCUGAGAAGGUGUUUCCCUACAGUGUCCUCUUGGAACAUUGGAAGAAGAGGGCAUGCCUGGGUGUCUAUACGGCCUUCUCUAUUGUGAAGAUAAUGCUAUGCGACUCCGAAGAUGCUCCUGAUUUAGAUGAGGUCGUUGAGGGUGGCAAGGAUUUGAUGGAAAUCUUCAACUUCUCUCCGAAAGAUGACGGAGUUUAUAGGACGAGAAUUCGAGAUCUUGUGGAGUUCAGUAUCAAAACAGGGUUGUUGUAA